AUGCCUCCAGAUAUCAUGGUCACUGACUGCAGCGAGGAACUGCUCUGCGCCAUCUGCUGCGACUCUUGGAAGGACCCAAUAGAAAUGGUGCCGUGUGGACAUAUUUUCUGCCGGGCGUGCGUGAAGGACGUAAAAACAUGCCCAUUGUGCCGCGGGUCUGUGACCAACAUGACUAGACCAAACCGAACUUUAGUGAAUAUUUCACUUGCAGUGCCCGUAAAGUGCGUUACGUGCGGCUGGACUGGCACACGUGAACAGGGGAACUCCCAUGUGUGUGGUAGCGGGACCAAUAAACCCACCGCACCGCUCUCCUCUGUGCCGGGCUCGAGAUAUCCAUUGGUGCAGCCAACGAGUGCGACUCCCUGGAUUGAAUACGGAUUGACGCAGGGGGAGUACGAUCAGAUCAUGGCGUUGUUUCUCUCUUUUGAUGAUGAUGAAAGUGGUGGUUUGGACCGCAGAGAGGUUGGGCGUCUCGCACGAUGGCUUAAUUUUGCCCGAUCUGACGCGGAUAUUGAUCGUAUAUUUCGUGACAUGGAUGCUGAUGGGAGUGGAACGUUGUCUCUGAAUGAGUUUCUUACUUGGUUGCGUCACAAUCGACCGGAUCCGAAGGCUCUUUACGGACUCUCACAGGCCGAGUACAACACUGUCAUGAUGCAGUUUCGCAUGUACGACAAGAACCAGGAUGGUCUGCUAAGCAUGGGGGAAUUUGCACGACUAGCAUUGAACCUGGGAGAGGUGGGGAAUAUUGAUGCGGGAAGACAGCUCUUCACUUUCAUUGACACAAAUGGAAAUGGGACGGUGGAUCUUCAUGAGUUUUUGAUAUACCGGUCUCGCACGAGACGCAGUUAA